AUGGUACAAACAGAGGCUAUUGUGGACAAUGAAUGGAUCUUAGCUAUGCAAGAGGAGCUCAAUCAAUUCACUAGAAAUGAUGUUUGGUAUCUUGUUCCGAGACCAACUAACACCAAUGUUAUUGGUACAAAAUGGAUCUUCAAAAACAAGACAGAUGAGAAGGGAAAUGUUGUGAGAAAUAAGGCUUUGUAUGGCUUAAAACAAGCUCCUCGAGCUUGGUAUGAGAGAUUAUCCUCUCAUUUGUUGCUGAAAGGUUACACCAGGGAUAUAAUUGACAAAACCUUGUUUGUCAAAAGGGUUGCUCAUGAUCUAAUGGUUGUACAAAUAUAUGUGGAUGAUAUUGUUUUUGGUUCAACUUCAAAUGCCUUAGUUUCUGAAUUUACUGACGUCAUGCAAAAUGAAUUUGAAAUGAGUAUGAGUGGUGAACUAACGUACUUCCUUGGAUUACAGGUACAACAAUUAAAAGAUGGGAUGUUUCUAUCUCAAACUAAGUAUGCGAAGGACUUGGUUUCAAAGUUUGGAUUGGAAAGUGCAAAGCCAAUCACAAAUCCCAUGAGCACCACCACCAAGCUUCAUAAAGAUCUAAUUGGAAAAUACGUUGACCAGACACUUUACAAGAGCAUGAUAGGGAGUUUGCUCUACUUAACUGCUAGUAGACCUGAUAUAUCAUUUUCUGUUGGUGUUUGUGCACGAUUUUAG